AUGGAGCAAUUAUCUCCAACACCGAGAAUGGGUUACAGAUCAAAUCAUGGCAGGCAGGCCUAUAAAGUUGUGGAGCAGUUUUUAAUAUCCAUGAGGGAGCAUGGAUACCCAGAAUUGAGGCCAUUGCUUUGUAUUGGUGGUGUUGAUAUGCGGUCACAAUUGGAAGUUGUGAAGAAAGGUGUUCAUAUUGUGGUUGCUACACCUAGGAGGUUGAAGGACAUGCUUGCUGAAUGA